GGCGGGAUCCCUCCGCUCUGGGGAGAGCAGCGCUGGACGGUUGAGUUGGGGUGACUGAGGGAAUCCAUCCGCGUCGCCGCCGCUGCCGCCUCCGCCGCGGAGGAAGACAGGACCUCCCGCGCUGCUCUAGCGACCCUUCGCAGAGUCCCACCGCCACAGGCCUCGGGCCAGCGGCGAGGAGCUGUCUCCCCCAGCCCCCGUCCCGCGGCCCCCAGCCGCCCCCAACCCCGCCCCACGGGCCCGGCGCCAUGAGUGAGCUGGAGCAACUGAGACAGGAGGCUGAGCAGCUCCGGAACCAGAUCCGGGAUGCCCGAAAAGCAUGUGGGGAUUCAACACUGACCCAGAUCACAGCUGGGCUGGACCCAGUGGGGAGAAUUCAGAUGAGGACGCGGAGGACCCUCCGCGGGCACCUGGCAAAAAUCUAUGCCAUGCACUGGGGGACAGAUUCAAGGCUGCUGGUCAGCGCCUCCCAGGACGGGAAGCUCAUCAUCUGGGACAGCUAUACCACCAACAAGGUCCAUGCCAUCCCUCUGCGCUCCUCCUGGGUCAUGACCUGUGCCUACGCGCCCUCAGGGAACUUUGUGGCCUGUGGGGGGUUGGACAACAUCUGCUCCAUCUACAGCCUCAAGACCCGUGAGGGCAAUGUCAGGGUCAGCCGGGAGCUGCCUGGCCACACUGGGUACCUGUCGUGCUGCCGCUUCCUGGAUGACAACCAAAUCAUCACCAGCUCUGGGGACACGACCUGUGCCCUUUGGGACAUCGAGACAGGACAGCAGACGGUGGGUUUUGCUGGACACAGUGGAGAUGUGAUGUCCCUGUCGCUGGCCCCUGAUGGCCGCACCUUUGUGUCAGGUGCCUGUGACGCCUCCAUCAAGCUGUGGGACGUUCGGGAUUCUAUGUGCCGACAGACCUUCAUUGGCCACGAAUCAGACAUCAAUGCCGUGGCUUUCUUCCCCAAUGGCUAUGCCUUCACCACGGGCUCUGAUGAUGCCACGUGCCGCCUCUUUGACCUGCGGGCCGACCAGGAGCUCCUCAUGUACUCCCACGACAACAUCAUCUGCGGCAUCACCUCUGUUGCCUUCUCCCGCAGCGGCCGGCUGCUGCUCGCUGGCUACGACGACUUCAACUGCAACAUCUGGGACGCCAUGAAGGGUGAUCGUGCAGGUGUCCUUGCUGGCCACGACAACCGCGUGAGCUGCCUUGGGGUCACUGAUGAUGGCAUGGCUGUGGCCACAGGCUCCUGGGACUCCUUCCUCAAGAUCUGGAACUAACAGCUGCCACCCCACUGAGCCCAGGCCAGGAGGGGCCCUGCCCAUGCCCACACUACAGACCGGGAGCUUUGGGGCUGGGUGCACACCAAGCCCCCCUCCCCGGGCCACCGGGCCUUGGGUCCCUGCUCCCCUACCCAGGUUUGGUUCCUCCCGGGGGCCCCCACUGUGGAGAUGAAGAUGGGAUAGAAUGGGGGGAGAGGAGGGGCAGAAAGCCCUCAUCCUUUUGCUGCCCUGGGGUUGGGGCCUCAUCCCUCUGGAGGGCCAGAGGCAGGAGGUAGAAACUCCAGGGGCUGGCUUUUUUAAAACUGGUUUUAUUUUAAUUUUUAUUAUAUUUUCAGUUUUUCCAUAAAGGAACCAAUUCCAACUCUGUA